AUGUUGCAGUUUUCGAUUCACCGAGGGAGGAAUCUGAGGGGUUUGAGCUGCAGAGUUUUUGGAAUUGCGAGUUCUCAGUUCUCAUCUACUGCUGCUGCUGAAACUUCGUCUUGGAGGAAUCGGAAUUCGCUGAGGAUUCCAAACUUGAUCGGUGGCAAAUUUGUAGACUCACAGUCAUCAGAAUCUGUAGAUGUGAUAAAUCCAGCAACCCAAGAAGUGGUUUCUCAGAUACCGCUAACUACUCAGGAGGAGUUCAAAUCAGCUGUAUCAGCAGCAAGAGAUACCUUCCCUUCAUGGCGCAAUACGCCAAUCACAACCCGGCAGCGAAUUAUGUUCAAGUUUCAAGAUCUUAUUCGGAAAAAUAUGGACAAGCUGGCCCAAAAUAUAACCACAGAACAGGGAAAGACUUUGAAAGAUGCUCAAGGGGAUGUUUUCCGGGGGCUAGAGGUGGUGGAACAUGCAUGUGGCAUGGCAACUCUGCAGAUGGGAGAAUACGUCUCCAAUGUGUCAAAUGGAAUCGAUACCUACAGCAUUAGGGAGCCGCUCGGUGUUUGUGCUGGGAUCUGUCCAUUUAACUUCCCAGCAAUGAUUCCUUUGUGGAUGUUUCCUGUUGCCGUCACAUGUGGAAACACCUUCGUUCUUAAGCCCUCUGAGAAAGAUCCAGGGGCUUCCAUGAUCCUGGCAGAACUGGCUAUUGAAGCUGGUUUACCUGAUGGUGUUCUUAACGUUGUUCAUGGAACUCAUGACAUAGUGAAUGCUAUAUGUGAUGAUGAUGAUAUAAAAGCCAUAUCAUUUGUUGGAUCAAACACUGCUGGUAUGCAUAUUUAUGCGAGGGGAUCAGCCAAAGGAAAGCGUGUUCAGUCAAAUAUGGGAGCCAAGAACCAUGGAAUUGUCCUGCCUGAUGCGAAUGUUGAUGCUACUCUAAAUGCUUUAGUUGCAGCUGGUUUUGGUGCUGCCGGGCAGAGAUGUAUGGCACUGAGCACCGUAGUUUUUGUUGGAGACUCAAAAUCAUGGGAAGAAAAGCUUGUGGAGCGAGCUAAAUCCCUUAAAGUGAAUGCUGGAAUACAUCCUGAUGCAGAUCUUGGGCCUGUCAUUAGUAAGCAGGCAAAAGAAAGAAUAUGCAGAUUGGUCCAAAGUGGUGUCGAUAGUGGCGCAAGAUUGGUGCUUGAUGGAAGAGACAUUGUGGUUCCUGGUUACGAACAAGGAAACUUUGUUGGUCCCACCGUCUUGUCUGACGUCACUCCUGAUAUGGAAUGUUAUAAGGAGGAGAUAUUUGGCCCUGUUCUCAUUUGCAUGCAGGCUGACAGCUUGGACGAGGCAAUAAGCAUUGUUAACAAAAACAAAUAUGGUAAUGGUGCUGCGAUAUUUACUACAUCUGGUGCUGCUGCAAGGAAAUUUCAGACUGAGAUUGAGGCCGGCCAGGUUGGCAUCAAUGUACCCAUCCCAGUUCCGUUACCCUUCUUCUCAUUCACUGGAUCCAAGGCAUCGUUUGCAGGAGAUCUCAAUUUUUAUGGCAAGGCCGGGGUUCAAUUUUACACACAGAUCAAGACCGUGACUCAACAAUGGAAAGACUUGCCCAGUGGUAUAUCUCUGGCAAUGCCAACUUCACAGAAGUCAUGA